AUGUUUUUUCGCGGACUUCCUCUCUUUCCACUCGAUGUUCUUGCUAUCACAAACUCUCGUAUGGGUCUCCAUGAUGGAACUGCGCUUCAGCGUGCCUUUAACGCCACGGGUGAUACGUUCGAAAGCAUACAUGGAGCUCUCGGCGCAUUUUUCAAGCACGUCGACAUUUCCCAUGCUACGGAUCAACUUGAUGGCCAGAGGGUGUGCGACGCGAUAAACAAAGCUUAUCCCGCUGUCGAUAGCUUUUGGACGUCCCUCGUGAAUGAUAGCGACCGAUUCGAUAGGAAAUUCGUCCCUGCUAUUCCGGCUUCGGCAAAGGGGUACAUGGACCAGUAUGACCAUGAUUCUGGGCUAAAAGUGGAUGCGGUUUUAGGGACGUUUUGUCAAAAGGAAUAG